UUUCGAAACUAAACUCGUUUGAUCUCUUGCGUGGAAGUGCACAAUCCUGAAUAUAACAAGGUGACACACGAUAAAGGAAAAUAAUCCAUUUUCAAUUUUUCCAAGGUGUCUUAUCGCUGCCUAGGUCCCAUAAACUUGACAUUUCAAAGUACGGGUUUGUUGCUAAAACACAAGCUCGCUCCGCACUUCCGCAGCUCUGCCCUCAAUAACACACGCCUCGGUGGGAAAGAAACACAUGACGGUUGGCGUCGGGUCUUUCGGUGCUCGGUAUGACGGGUCUGCCUCGGCGCGCGCGGUUUUCUCCGGUGGAAUGUACAGUCGUGCCGCCCGUGAGGGUACUUAAGGGUACAGCUGAUGCCCGGAGGGAAUAAAGGGAGGUAACCAAACUAGAUGAGCCAGACACAUUCAGCCUAUAAUGUCAACACAUGAUCUGAAGUUGCAGCAGUCAAGUUGUCAAAGCGGAGCGAAAGCCAGCGUGACUCGCGUUGUCUCAGAUCUGGAGGGAUUGCACGCACAAAGUGAUAAAUCACGUUUUCAGAAUGUAAGUGAACAUGAGAAGAUACAUCCUGGAUCAUUGGCUCAACACAUCCACCACGAGAAAGAUUCAGAAACUACAACUACUGCUUCUACACCAACGUUGCAGCUAACAGGCCGACAGAAAAGCUGCAGAGAUUUGCAGAUCAGGCAAAUAAUACUUCUCCGAUCUAAGGAAGACCUCAUAAGGACAUCUGAGGAGCAGAGGAAAUCUACAAGAUUUACUUCUGCCAUCUCUAUUAGUCUUCCAAAUAGAAGAAACAAAAAAGACACAGCAGAGGAAAAAAUACUGCAAACUACAACUAACCUCACACAUGAAGCCUUAAAGAACACAGCUAAUCAACACCACACAGAGCUCAGGGACGUGCUUUCACAAACUGACCAAUGUGGUGAACCAACUGGUGAAUUGUUUAAGAAUGGGGAUGGGCCAAAAUCGAGCUUUGAUGAAUACAGUUUUACCACUCUGCAUCAACGUAGAACAAAGCAGGGACAAAAUACAGGAAUACAACACAACAUAGGCCUUCAUGAACAAAUUGUCCACAACAACUCACAAAGACAUUCUACUGAUCCUGUUUGUGAGGUUCAAACAGAAUUCAACAAGGAAUCUGGAGCCAGCAACUGUAGAGAGAAUGCAGCCACAGCUCCACAAUGCCACAGUAAUCUGACCUCCUGUGAAGUGGACAAUGGUCUAAAAGCAAGCAUUGAUUCCACGUUUUUUGCACACCAUCUAGAAGUUGCAAACCAGGUUUUGUCACUAGACUUUUUACCUGCUUCUCAUUCUGAAAAUACCCCUGAGCCAGAAUCUGGUUGUAUCAAUCCUAGACCAGCUAUGUUGUCAUCAGCCCUGGCCUCAGUUCUUGCUCCACCUUGGAGUGGCCGCCUUCGAAGACACAAGCAAGGCGGCUACGAAGUACAGCAUGAACCCCAAGAUUGUGGACAGAAUGUAAACCCGUCUUCGUUAUUUUGCCAGGAAAGGCAGCAACAACCAUUUCUUAAUUCCCAGAGGCGACCAUCUGAACACAUGUUGGCCAAUAACAAUGACAUGCAGUUGACUGCAGGAACUAGCUACUCUCCUGACUGGCAAAAAGAGAACAAUUCCCCAAACAUCACAAAUACAAUACAGCCAAAGAGACCCAUUACCAAGUCCUACUCUGUGGGUAUACUGUACAAUAAUACAGAUUUGCAGCCUUUUCCCACACCUCUGGAUAAACGGCGGGGACAAAAUGUGGCACAUUCAGGUUACAGAAUAUCAAACAUUGGAGAUGAACAUGAGCCUUUCAAAUCAUUGAGCUCUAAGCCAACAACAAGCAGCCUACUUCUUUCCUUGAGGAGGUCAAAUUUGAGAAACUCCAGUGCUGAGCCUAUACAAUCAGAGACUCAGAUGAAUAGGUCUGUCAGGUCCCUUACAUUGCCUAGCAGAGUUGUUUUAAAAACGCCAUCAUUUGCACAUCCUGUUAACUCUGAUACUCAAACCCAUGAAUACUCAGAUACUCCUGCAAGAACAGAGGAAAUACCAGUCAGUCAGUUCCCUUUCUCACCUAGAAUUAGGAGUAGAGUGCCUUUAAGGGCAUCACUGUUUCUAAACAAACCAGAGUCAGAAAUUUCUAUUACCAAGGCAAAGGAGGAACAUUUACCACACUCCACAACCAAAACCAGCCAACUUGGAAUUCUCAGAGCUCAACAACGGUCUUAUUCAGUUCUUUUGAGGGAAUAUUCCAGUAAAGAGGACAUAGAUGCAGUGGACCAAAAUACUGCCAACAACACCAACUUGCAAAACUCCAUUAUGACCAAUCAACAAGUAAAUCCAGAUACCAUAAUUUCUCCCAAAUAUUCCAAAAAUGUGAAUGUUCAACAAUCUGGCUUUAAUGUCCAAAAAUUAAAAUCACAAAGCACACACAAUAUAAUAACGAGCAGUUCUUCGGACACAACCACCUUCACAGACAGGUUUAACUAUUCACCUAGAAAAGACUCUUCUGUAGAUGGAACAAGUCCCACAAAUAUAUAUCUGGACUCUAAGAAAUAUUCUCAGUCAAGUCAAAGCACGAUGGAUCUUUCAAGCCCUCUUUCUCCAAGCAGACCUCUCAGAAGUGUAAGAGUACCAAGCAUUUAUUCAUACCUAAGGGAGUCGACCCCUUCCCCUUCCUCCCCUUCUUCCGACAUACAGAGAGGUGAAGCAUCACCUUCUAAGCAAGAUAGAGGCGUAACACUGCAGGCUGACCGGAAAACUCUUCCCUCAAAAUUUUCAUUUGACUUCAACCAGUUUGUGCCACAGGUACAGUCAGAAGAAAGAAGCUCUUUUGACUCUCAUAUAGCACCAGCUCAAUCACUGCCUCCAGAUUUUGGACGAAGAUCAGCACCUCGUCUCAGCACAUCUCCAUAUUCUAGCCUUAUCUCCUCGCGACCUACACUCAACAACACUUUACAAGAACUACCCUCUCCAACUGUGCCCAAAACUCAUACCCGAUCUACAUCUUAUGGUAUUGUAACCACUCCUGCAGACUUCAUAAAAAGUGAUCCAAGCUCUUCACUGUCCACAUACGCAAGCAUAAUAAGACCAAAGGAACAGUUUGCUGCUGCUAACAGAGAACAGAGUACAGCAGUUCAAGCUUAUACAAGCGCCCUAGAUAAUCACAAACCUGCCCAGCCAUGUCUCUUGCAAACUGCACCAAAUACAAGUUUUGUCAUGGAAAGCCAAAGUGCUAAUAUAAGCCCACACCCAAGGCAGUCCAACACAGGCUCCAACAGCUUCUUUCCUCAGGAGCAUGAUGGCCUGAUGGAACUUCCGCUUGAUAAGGGUAAUGCAAACCUCAAGCACAGGCUGACUGAGAAAGGGAAGUGUUUAUUAUCUAAUAAGCUCACAGUAGAAAGUCAGACUCCACUGACAGCUGAGAAAAAGAUUCCUGCUGUGCAUAUGCAUGAGAAACUGCAGGAAAUGCAAAGUUCUAAUUCAAAAAAAGGCCUCUUUAGUUCACGAGUUAAGAAAGACAAAGAAGCUGUCUUCUCUUCAGCUUCUUUGCCAGACAAAGAGGUUGUUAGUCACCAGUAUUUAAAAACCAAAAGACAUCCGCCAGUGAUUAGAACAAGCAGCAGGAUUGACCAAAUGUUAAAUCGCUUGAAACUGACAUUUGGUGUCAAACGUUCAGACAGCUCACUUGACACUCUACCAAAAAAGAACAAGAGUCUCACUCAGCAGCCCUCAGAUACUGAGACGUUUGAAAAUACCAAGACAGAGGAGAAAACAUAUUCUGAGAGCCACCUGGCACCCUCUAACUCCUCUUUAACAACUGAUAAAUCCUCUUUAGGUUCCUUGUCACAACUAACAUUAAAUAAAUCUGAGAAUGCCUUAAAUAUGACUGGAGAAAAUAAGUCAAAGGCUGAAAUAAAUUAUGCUAGGUCCACACAGCAAGCCUCCAUAUUAUCCGUGUCCACCGAUAAAACAUCUUUUGACUCCUUUUUGCCCUUGUCACCACUUGCUUUAGAGAAAUCGGAGAAUACUUUAAAUAUGGAUUGGCAAAGUAGAUUUAUAUCUGAACAAAAGUGUUCUGGAUGUGCAUGGGAGGUCCCCAGCUCAUCUUUGACCACCAACAAAGCAUCUUUUGCAUCUUUGUCGCCAAUUACAUUAAGGAAAUCUGAGAAUACUUUAAAUAUGGACUUGCAAAACAGAUCUACUACUGAACAAAAGGUUCCUGGGUACAAAUACGAGACCCCCAACUCAUCUUUGACCACCGAUAAAAGCUCUUUUGGUUCUCUUAGGUCUUUGUCACCACUUACAUUCAGGAAAUCUCAGAAUACUUUAAAUAUGAACUUGCAAAACAGAUCUACUACUGAACAAAAGGUUUCUGGGUACAAAUACGAGGUCCCCAACACAUCUUUGACCACCGAUAAAAGCUCUUUUCCUUCUCUUAGGUCUUUGUCACCACUUACAUUCAGGAAAUCUGAGAAUAUUUUAAAUAUGGACUUGCAAAACAGAUCUCCAACUGAACAGAUGGGUUCUGUGUGUACAUGGGAGACCCCCAACUCAUCUGUGUCCCCCGAUAAAGCUUCUUUUGGAUCCUUGUCACCCUUAAUAUUUAAUAAAUCAUCUGAGAAUAGCUUAAAUGUUGAACAGCAAAAGAGGCAUAGCGAUGAAAAUGGAAACCAGUCUUAUAAUAGGAGCUUUAGUCCACACAGACAAAAGGCCCAAAAUAUGAAUCGUUCUGCCACCUUGCCACAUUACAGAAAAUCCUCUGUUGGUCCCCCAUCGCCCUUUUCUUUGUUUGAUUUUGAUUCAGAAGACAUUCAGAAUGACAAUGUGUUUUAUAGUCCACUGAGCAAAAAAACUAAUUCACUUUGUGAGUCAGAUGACUUCUCUCCUCAGAGCGCCACCAAGAGUCCCGUGCAGCAAAACCUUGUGAGGUCUCACUUGUCCUCAUCAUGUGCUGAUUUAAAGUAUGGUCUACACAGUGGACGAUCUUUCUCAGUAAGUAGUGUGGUUUCAAGCCGCCCAUCUGGUCCUGGACGAAUCUCGACAAGCAGCAUCAGCGACCUCUCAAGUUUGGACGACUUUGUGCCAAAGGGGAAUUAUACAAUAGUUGACUCUCCGAUGAGUAGUAGCCAGUCCCCAAUCUAUGAUGCCAAAUCUAUUACUGGUAAACAGUCUCAAUCUGAGCAUACAGAUCUUGAUCUUGAACAUGAUGAUGCAGACCCAACCCCACCUCCAUCGCCAACUACAUCCUCUUCACCUCGUCGGAUAUCCCAGGCUCCUUCUGUUUCUUCCCCCAUAUGGACUCCAGAAAAUAUGUCUCCUCCUCGUGGAAUCCUGUUAUCAAGGAGCCACACAACCAGCAUGACUGUUUUUGAGGAGUCUGAUUCUGACACCACAACUGAUGAUGAAUACUACCUUGAUAAUGGUGAUGCAGUAGAAACUGAACUUUAGAGGAGAGAAUUGUAUGUUUUUCAAUUUCAUCAUAUUACAUAUACUAAACAUUUUAAAAUGUCAAGGUUUUUUUUCUAUGAACAUGGUCUUCUAUGACAAAGCUGCAUUAACAUUAGGCCUCUGUCAAAUCAAGCUAAAUUAUAAUUACUUCAGACCAAUAUAAAUAUAAUGGGUUUUUGAAUACUUUAGUGCUGGAGCAUAACAAUGUUUGAUUUCAUUAUGAAUGUAGCCUAUUUACAAUACAGUACAAUGCACUGUUUCAUUAGUUUUUAUAUAUAUUUAUAUAUUUUCUGGAUCUUGAGGCUUUGAAAUGGUGAAUUCUCACGUCAUUCCUUUUAUAGAGGCCUGCCUCCUAUAGGUUAUUGGCUUUUUCAUUCACUGUGGCAUUUGAAAGCACAGCGUGUCAAUCACAGCACAUUAUUUUCCUGACAGACAUUCUAUAGUGAGAAGCUGCCAAACUAGAAACUGAACCCAACUACUUUUAACAGUUUUUCAACUCAUACUGCUCCUUUAACAGUUAGAAAUAUGUAAUAUCGGUGCACGCAACACUGAUGAUUCCAUAUUACUUAUGGUUAAGUCUGUAAAGAAGAUGAUGUAUCAGAUGUCUGCUAUCCAUUUGAUAUUACUGUUAAAAUUAUGAAAGUAUUAUCAAAAACCUUGGCGGAUCCUGAUCCACGACUUGUUCAUUUAAGGUUAAAACACUGGACCUCCCAUAAUCUAUGCAAAAGACAUACCACAGAUAAACUAAGCAUUCUUAAAUAACAUUUUAAUUUUAUAUCCUGUAUAAUUUAAUUUUGCUGAUUGUGCUUUUUUGUUAUUUUUUUAUUUAUUAUGCAGGGCAGGGGGUUGGGGCAUCGUUUCUCCCCUGUAGCCUUAGGGACCGCCAUAAGAUGUGUCAACUGCAGCACUAACCUACAGUACUACCAAAUGUUGUUUAACACUAUGCUUGUAUGUAAGGUCCUUUUUGUAAGGCCAUUUCUUGAAUGUCUUCAUUAAAACAGUUAUAUUUAUGAUUGUA